UGCUCGAUACAACGACAAGCGACAACUUGCUCGUAGCUUCCACAAAACCUUAUUCAAUCACAACCGUGUGCCUUGACUCCUUGCUGGCCUCUACUUGACGAUGCCCUCAGAGGCAGACUCUCCUGCACAAGUGCCAUCACCCGCACCAGCUGCUGCCACAACACCCUCGCAACACCGCAGAAAGUACACCGAGCGACAACGAACGAGUCAGGCAUGCAAGAAGUGUCGAACACUCAAGCGCAAAUGCUCCGGGGAACGUCCAAUUUGCAAGAAUUGUGCGGGCUAUGGCUUUGAAUGCAACUAUAGCGAUACGUACCGUGGCAAGCGUGUCAAGUCUGAAAGCGACGGUGAGAGUGCGGGGACCUCGGCGCCUUUUGCGUCAGGUGGAUUGAGCAUCAGUACGGAUGAUCUGAGUGAUAUGAGGGAGAAGGUGAACGAGAUGCAGCUCUUUCUACGCAAGAUUGAGCCGCAGCUAGAUGCUGACACUGCGGCAGAAGCGCAAGACUUGGCGCGACAGUUGGAAAAUGUACGAUUGACCAUCAAGACACAAGAUGCGGGUCGACUACCCGCGUUGAGUGCGUCUUGUCCUGUGCCUUUACCAGUCUCAGACUCUGUACCGGCAACCAUUGCAAAUGGCGGGCUUGAUCUGCCGCCUCUACAGAUACGACCUUCAGGCGUGCUUGAUCGUUCAUCGGAUCUAGCCUUUGUCAAGUUUGUCAAUAACCAGUCCAUUAAGGACAGUCAAGCUACGUCAGGCCCAAAUCCGAACAUUGCCUUCUUUUUGGAUGAAGGCGAUAUCGUCAAGCCAAACUUUAGCUCGGUGGAGGAUCUUUUUCGGUAUCCUACGAGGGAAGAGGGCGACAAGCUGCUCGAUGCCUACUUUUCUACACUCCACAUUGCCGUUCCCUUCUUAUGGGAGCGCAAGGUCAGAGAGAUAUUUGACAAGGUUCACAAAGGUGAGAUUCAAUGGUCUGACCUGGAUCGUACAACACUGUCGAUGCUUAAUUUCGUGCUUGCUCUUGGAGCCUAUUGGUGCAACUGGCCGUAUGAAGACCAUUGCUUGUACUUUGCUCGGGGAAGACAGCUCUUUUUUGAUGUCUUCAAAAACUCAACCAUUGAGCUCAUUCAAUGCCAUUUGCUCGCAUGCUUCUAUCUACUCAUCAUCAACAAGCCGGCGAGAGCGUGGAACGUGCUUGGUCUGGUAAUUCGAUCUUGCCAGAAUCUUGGUUUGGUGACAGAUACAGAGACGUCAGCAACAACACCUGUGGAAGUGGAACGCAAUCGAAGACUAUGGUACUCGGCAUACAUUCUCGAACACUUGAUUGCACUGCAACUUGGAAGACAACCCAACAUGCGUGAUGAAGACUUUCUCGUCAAGUUUCCGAGUGAAGUGUCUGAUUGGCGUUUCCGAGAGGACGGUACGAUUGACGAUAAAGUGCACGAGAAGGAUGCCUAUGCGCCGUACCUGACGCAUCUCAUCAAAUUCUCGAGAAUCAUUGGCAUUGCGCAACGGGAGCUCUUCUUUUUGAAUAAGCCGUCCAUGACGUGGGAACACACGAUGCGUGUGAUUUCGAGCAUUGACCAGCGUCUAUUGGAGUGGAAGCGAUCACUCUCUCGUGAACUUGACUUUGAGCGACCGUCGAGCUAUGAGACAAUGACAGCACUACGACGGCAGCGCAACUUUUUGAGUCUCAAGUUUCGCCACUUGCGGCAGCUCAUUUAUCGGCCGCACAUCACACUAGCCAUUAUGCGGCAUACAAAGGAUCCGCGUGUUGUUCGAGCGAAUCGCAAAGAGCAGGAUAUCUGUUUGGAUGAGGCACAGCAGACCAUCCGGUUGCUGGAUCAUGUCGAGUCUCAGCGCACACUUCAAUGGGAUUUCCCGCUGUGGCAGCUGAUUCCAUGCUUGAUGAGCGCCGCUACAAUCUUGGUGGUUGGGCAAAAGCUACUCCAAGAUGACCAGCCUCGACGCGAGCGUAUCACCCAGGACAUUGAGACGUGCCUUGGUAUUUUUGACUCGCUACAAAAGAAUUCUGCUGCUGAGAAGUGUGCUGCGCUUGUUCGCAGUUUGCAAGGGGUGCACCUGAAGGAUAUAGCACCGCCACAUACGGGCGUCCCGCCGCCUGUGGAUGCCAAGACUGCACAGAGUCCUGAUUCACAGGCAUCUUCCAUGGGACAGCAGCGGUAUGACCAGAGUUUUUCACUGGACUUGGACUAUCUGACAACACUGGAUGCGAGCGGACUGCUGGCUGCUGGGCCGCAGGACAUGGUGUCGUUUGACUGGGGGGAGAACAAUGUGUGGUAGGCUGCUGGCUCUUUACAGUAUCAUACAAGUAUAGUUACAAGUAUAGGUGUAAGUGCAGUGUAUAUGUUCGGCAUCGGGGCCUGCUGCUCUCCGUGAUUGCCCUAACCCCAAGAAGACACACCGGAUACACAGUCAGCUACACUGCAAUUUACGCUGCUGCUGGGCCCCGGAAUACAGCGAGGAAGUGUGGGGAAAUUUGUAUAGAAAAGACCCCUCCCGUCGUCUACUUACCAAACCAACACAUCCAUCAUACACACACAGCAGACAUGUCCAUCACUACACCCAUCACAAAGCUAUUCGGCAUCAAGCACCCCGUAUCAAUCAUCCCAUAUAUCAGUAUUUAUCAUGCUAACGACAGAUCCUGCUUGCCGGCAUGAA